CAUACAGUGGUUUCAUUCAAUGACAACGGCCGCGUUGCGACUGCGACUGCCAAGAGCUCCGGCCACCGCCACUCUCACCGUGGUGCCCCGUCAGUACGCACUCCCGGAGGAGGAGCCCCCGCCGCGCCGCCCCAACACGGCCCACCACAAUGCGCAGCUCACGUCGUACGGCCGCCGCGGCCGCCUCCGCGACGCCCAGCAGCUGUUCGACCAAAUGCCCCGCCGGGACGUCAUCUCCUGGACCGCUCUCCUCACCGCCUACGCCGACAACGGCGACCUCGCCUCGGCGCGCCUCGUCUUCGACGACAUGCCCCGCCGCAACGCCCCCUCCUGGAACGCCCUGCUCUCCGUCUACCUCCGCGCGGGGCAACCAGCCGCCGCGCACGCGCUCUUCUCCAAGAUGCCGGUCAGGAACGCGGUGUCCUAUGGCGCCAUGAUCACGGGGCUCACCAGGGCAGGGAUGCUUCGUGAGGCUGAGGCUGUGUAUGCGGAGAUGCCACGGCAGUGGCGUGACCCAGUAGGGUCAAAUGCGUUGAUGGCCGGGUACUUGAGGGCUGGGAAGCUUGGCAUGGUGUUGAGGGUGUUUGACGGAAUGGCGGUGAGGGAUGUCAUAUCCUGGAGCGCGGUCGUCGAUGGGCUCUGCAAACACGGAAGCGUGUCGGAGGCGAGGAAGGUGUUUGAGACCAUGCCAGAGCGGAAUGUGGUCUCGUGGACCUCGAUGAUUCGUGGAUAUGUGAAACUUAGGAUGUACACAGAUGCUCUGUUGCUGUUCCUGGACAUGAGAAGGGCAGGUGUUCAGGUUAAUACAACGACACUCUCAGUUGUGCUAGAUGCUUGUGCUGAGGCUUGCCUUGCCAGAGAAGGAGUUCAGAUUCACAGUUUGAUUGUAGCAAUGGGUUUUGAAAUGGAUGUUUUCUUGGAUGAUUCAAUAAUCAUCUUGUAUUCCCGAUUUGGUUGGAUGGUUGAUGCUAGAAGGGCAUUUGCUUGCAUGAAGUGGAAAGACAUAGUAUCAUGGAACUCGUUGAUCACAGGCUAUGUCCAGCAUAACUUGGUUGAAGAAGCACAUGUCCUGUUCAAGUUAAUGCCUGAGAAGGAUGCUGUUUCUUGGACAUCGAUGGUUGUUGGAUUCGCUAACAGGGGUUGGAUGAGGGAGUCUGUUGACCUGUUUGAGCAAAUGCCAGGAAAAGAUGAGGUUGCUUGGACUGCAGUCAUUUCUAGUCUUGCUACAAAUGGAGACUAUUUAAGUGCAGUGCGGUGGUUUUGUCGCAUGGCACGAGAAGGGUGCAAACCUAAUACAGUAGCUUUUAGUUGUCUACUUAGUGCUUUGACUAGCUUGACAACGUUGAAUCAGGGAAUGCAAGCUCAUGCAUAUGCAAUCAACAUGGGAUGGGUAUUUGACUCUUCUGUUCACACUUCUCUGGUAUCAAUGUACGCAAAAUGCGGAAGGUUGGCUGAGGCUUAUCGCGUUUUCUCAGCCAUUAGCAGUCCAAGUCUUAUUGCUACUAAUUCUAUGAUUACAGCAUUUGCUCAACAUAAUUUUGCUGAAGAUGCAUUCAAGCUUUUUACCAAAAUGCAAAUUGAUGGCCACAAGCCUAACCAUGCGACAUUCGUGGGAAUUCUGACUGGCUGUGCACGUGCUGGUCUGGUUCAAGAAGGUUACAACUACUUUAAGUCAAUGAGAUCAGUCUAUGGCAUUGAACCAAACCCUGACCAUUAUACAUGUAUGGUUGAUCUUUUAGGUCGUGCUGGCCUCCUUGCGGAAGCACUGGAAAUGAUUAACUCGAUGCCCCAGAAUGAUCAUUCUGAUGCAUGGGCAGCUUUGCUCAGUGCUAGUAGUCUCCAUUCUAAUCUUGCUUAUGCAAAAAUAGCAGCGCAGAAGCUUCUUGAGUUGGAUCCUUAUGACGCAGCAGCUUAUACCGUCCUGUCAAAUAUGCUCUCAUCUGCGGGGAUGAAGGAUGACGGAGACAUGCUAAAAGUUCUACAGUUGUCCAACAUGGCCAGUAAAACCCCUGGCUAUAGCCUUAUUAUACAGGAUAAGGCUGCAGAAAACAGAAUACAUAGUGAACACUUCUAGACUUGUAGUUCUAGAUAACUGGCAAGCCAAAACCCAAAAUAAUAAAAUUCGUACCACAACUGUUGUAAUGCCGAGAGUUGAUGUUGAUUUUAUUGAUCAUGUUGAGACAAGAAAAUUGGUAGAGGAUUUCAGAAAGAGCUCGCAUGAUCGUGUGCAGUCCCUGUUUUAAUGCAAUGGAAAAGUUGAGGAUUCUAUGCACACAACUACUCUGCUACAGAGAAGAGCCAAAGAACAAGGAACUCUUGGCCAUGUUCUCAAUUGAUACAGGAGUAUGUUCUGCACUGAGUGAAGCAUAAUGCUGAUUCUAAGGAGACAACCAUGGCCAAGGUAAGUUUAGUGUUUUGUUUCUUACUAGCACAAAUGCCCGUGCGUUGCAACGGGAGAAACAAACUCAAGCCCCUCCCUGCGCCGACUUCUAAUUCCUCAUGCGUUGCAACAACCGUCACAUUCACUUCACGUGGUUCAACAUAAAUCAUGUCUUUACAUAUCAUGUGGUGCAUUUCCUUAUUUAUCGCACACAAUAAUGAUUCUUAAUGCAAAUUAUGUUAAGGUAUGAGGCUCUUGACUGAACAUAAGCUACACACACUUCACUGUCGCCAAUGAGCUUGGGCAUUUUUCAGGCAGUAAACUAUGUCGUCAUGUUCUUCGACCAUGGCCAUCGAAUCAUAGUACAAAAAGACAAACCGACGAGAGUAAAAUUAUUGUUGUAAUCAUCAAGUAUAAAAGAGACAAAAAUUAAUAUUCAUGAAGUUCAUUCCCAUUAGUUGGAAAUCAAUCAAUUGUUAACUUUACAUUCACACUUCAGGCAAAAAACCUGACUUCCACACUGCUCUAAAUAAUUCAUAAUUCAUAUAAAAUUAUAAACAUGGAGAUUGAAAACUGAUUUAUAUAUAGCACAGGAAGUUGAAAACAACAUUAUCAAGAAGUGGAGUAACAACAUUAGCGUGUGCCCAUUUAUUAAUGGGCAUCUCUCCCAUUAGAUAGAACACGAAAUUUAUUUCUUCUUCUAAUUCCUUUCUUUCUGCCGAAUUUAUUUCCUCUUUUAAUUUCAAAUCUGAGUUCCCAACUGCUCGUAAUAGCGGAUUACUUCUUCUUUUAAUUAUUUUAAAUCCGUGCCGAGUCUUCGCAUGCACCGCGGAGUUCUUGUUCCAGCCUUCCCAAUUUAAUGAGAAUGAACCCACCAUGUCACCAGCCAAUCAGAGCAGUCAUGCAUGCAUCCAUCAUAUAUUUAGAGCUCACAAUCAGUCCGCGCAUCCCCGUCCUCCCUUUCCUUUUCUCGAUUUGUUCCUUCAUUCUCUUUGUUUUUUGGGCUCUCGAGGCUUGCUGCUAGGUAACUUGUAAACGUAUAUAAACUGAUGAAACUUAGAGAAAAGGACCGAGGUGGGACUAUUAGAUAGUGAAACCAGAUUUUGUAGCAAAAGCGUACAUACUCGGUUGGUUGUCCAGCGCCGCACCUGCUGCUGCCCUAUGCAGCUCGUUGCUGCUGUGCCCACCACCACACGCCACUCCCUGCACCCACUGCGGCACCCCUGCUUGCGCUGCAGCCUCCUAGCGUCCGCUGCCGCCGCUCCCUGCUAGCGCUGCUAGCUGCUUGCCGCGCAUGGCCUUACCCCUGCUGGUGCGUGCUGUGCUAGCUGCUAUUGCUUCUUCUUGCUGUGCUUCCGCCGCUGCUGCUUAGUACUUCUGCCGCUAGGUGCUGCUGCCGCUAGCUACCACUACCUCCUGCUGCUGGCUGCGGCUGCUUUGCUAGCUGCUGCCAGCGCCGUACCUCUGCCUGCUGCCGCGCCUAGCCGCCGCAUCAAACGCCCAGCCACCGCCGCCUAGCGCCGCCGCGCCUGCCUUUGCCCGCCGGGCGCCGAGCCACUUCCGCCGGGGCCGCUGCUGGCCGGGGCCUCGCCCUGCUCUGCCAUCCCCUGCGCUGGGCGCUGAGGCCGCCGACGCCUCCUGUGUCGUGCGUGCCGGCCAGUGGGAAGCCCAGUCGUGGCCACUGCAAAACGUGGCUGCUGGCCCAUUAGAAAUCUUAGCGAGAACCCGUGGCUAAGGCCGCCGCCUCCAAAAACCCUAGCUUUCUGCUUCCCACCGGCGCCGGCGCCAGCGCCGGUCCAUCCCGUCUACGGUGGCCCUAUGGCCAUGGAGGCGGAGUGGAUCUCGGCCCUUGCCGGUGGGAGGGCUCCGUUUUUAGAUCUUUUUUCGAGCUUUGUUAGGGUUUGUGUCCUGCUCAGGAAGACGAGACGGUGGCA